AUGUCUACGGAAUGGGAGGGAGUAGAAUCCAAGAAGCCUCUCUUGGUGGCCCGGAACAACAGGGCUUCUUCGAUUUGGGUGGUGGUCGCUAGCACCGCCGUCGCCGUUGCUGGAUCCUUUGUGUUCGGCAUCUCGGUGGGCUACUCAUCGCCAUCUCAGGAGGGCAUCAUGCGGGAUCUUCAUCUUUCCUUAGCUGAGUAUUCUGUCUUUGGCUCAAUAUUAACGAUAGGAGCAAUGCUGGGCGCUAUUGUCAGUGGUACCAUAGCAGAUCGAGUUGGUCGAAGAUGUGCAAUGGCAAUAUCAGAUGUGUUCUGCAUUCUUGGAUAUCUCCUUAUAGUCUUUUCUAAGAACUCUGUGUGGCUUGACCUUGGGAGGCUCUCAAUUGGAUGUGGAAUUGGACUUCUUUCAUAUGUGGUCCCAGUCUAUAUAUCAGAGAUAACACCCAAGAAUCUUAGAGGACGGUUCGCAGCCGUAAACCAGUUUAUGAUAUGUUGCGGGGCGUCGCUCGCGUAUGCUCUGGGGACAUGUAUCACUUGGCGUACCUUGGCAAUCGUAGGAGUGACACCAUGUUUACUGCAGCUGGUUGGCCUUCUUGUGAUUCCUGAAUCUCCUAGGUGGCUGGCUAAGAUCGGACACUCAGGUGCACUUGAGGAAGCGUUACAGAAGCUAAGGGGGAAAGAAACUGACAUCUCCGAAGAGGCAGCAGAUAUCAAACUAAUUAUAUAUGGUCAGGAUUUCACUGAAAAGCUUCAGCAUCUGCCACAGUCAAAGAUGUUGGACCUAUUUCAGAAGGAUUAUAUUCAUGCUGUCACUGUUGGAGUUGGGCUAAUGGUUCUUCAACAAUUUGGUGGAGUGAAUGCAAUCUGCUUCUACGCCAGUGAGAUAUUUGUUUCGGCUGGUUUCUCGUCAGGGAACACUGGAAUGCUCGCUAUGGUUGCGGUUCAGAUUCCGAUGACGGCACUUGGGGUGCUUCUGCUGGACAAGGCUGGAAGGAGGCCACUUCUGAUGGUCUCUGCAGCUGGGACAUGCCUGGGUUGCCUACUAGUUGGCCUGUCAUUCUUGUCCAAGGAACAUCAUUGGGCGAAGGACCUCAACGUGGCAUUGGCAUUGACAGGGAUUCUGAUCUUCAGUGGAUCUUUCUCACUGGGUAUGGGAGGAAUUCCAUGGGUUAUAAUGUCAGAGAUCUUCCCCAUACACAUGAAAGGGUCAGCAGGAAGCCUGGUGACCUUGGUGAGCUGGCUCGGCUCAUGGAUCGUCUCGUAUGCCUUCAACUUCCUCCUGCUGUGGAGCUCCUACGGUACAUUUUUCAUGUUUGCGAGCAUUUGCGGUCUGACUGUUGUAUUUGUGGAGCGGCUGGUACCAGAGACUAAAGGAAGGACCCUGGAAGAGAUUCAAGCGUCCAUGAACUCGUCAUUGACGCCAGUUUCUUCUGGAAUUAACCGAGCUGCAUAA